AUGUUCCUAUCAAGAUUUACUAAUUCAUCUAAAAUGCUUCACUGCAUCUCAAGAAUGAACUCCUCAACUUUCAAAAUUCUUAAUGACAUUCCCAAAGAUAAUACUGUUCCUUAAUUUACUGUUGGUCGCAAAAAUGGUUUCCUUCCUUGGGGUGCUCCUUUAGCUCGUCUUCCUGAACCAUUCUAAAUCAUAGAUGAAAUCCUUGACGAAGCUCCCUACUACAAACGUGACGGAACUCCAGGUAAAUUAGCUACUGGUAGCUUUGGAGAGUACGUCAGAGAAAAGCUUCCUCUCCUCGAUGUUUCUAACAUUAAGGAUUCAGCUCUUUUAUUUGCUCUUUAUCGUGACUACACUUUCUUGACUAGUUAAUAUAUCCUUGAACCUUGCCAUCUUCAUUAUAUCGCUACUAAAUCCAAAGACUAUGGACUUGGUCGUAGUAGACUUCCAGCAAAUAUUGCUAUUCCCCUUGUUAGUUUAGCUAAAUAACUUGGAGCCAAGCCCUUCAUGGAAUACACUUGUUAUGCUACUUAUAACUGGUAGAAGAUUGAUCCUACAGGUAACUGCGAUGCUCAAAAUAUCAAACUUGUUCGUCAUUUAGAAGGUUCAUAGCACGAAACUGGGUUUGUUGCAGUACACAUUGCCAUGGUCCAACACUCUGGCGAACUUGUAUCAAAUGUUUAAGACGUUCUUGACGCUGUUGAAAAGAGAGACAGAGAAGAAUUUGACAUCUGUCUUAAGAAGAUGUUGACAACCACCAAAAUUAUUAAUGUUAAGAUGGAUACUAUGUGGGAGUAUUCUUCACCAAAAGCUUAUAAUAACUUCCGUACCUACAUCAUGGGCACAAAAAGUUAACCUAUGUUCCCUAAUGGUGUUGUCUAUGAAGGUGUUUCUGAAGAACCAACCUUUUAUCGUGGAGAAAGUGGUGCAAAUGAUUCUAUAGUUCCUACUAUUGAUAACCUCCUAGAACUUACUGAUACUAUGCCUGAUAAUCCCUUCACUGCUAUCUUAAAGGAUUUCCGUACAUACCGUCCAGUAAAUCACAAUGCUUAUUUGAGCUAUGUUGAAGAAAAAGCCAAAUCAAUUGGUGUCCGUGCAUUCGCCACCUAGGAUUCUAACUCUACUGUUCUUUACUAGGCACUUCUUGAUUAAGUAUCUGAAUUCAGAGAAAGACAUUGGAGAUUCACAAAGAAUUAUAUAUUAAAGUACUCCAAACACCCUCGUGCCACUGGUGGCUCUCCCAUCAUUACCUGGCUACCAAACUAAUUAGCAACAGUUAUGCAAGCCAUAGUUAAUAUCUAAAAUUUCAUAAAAGAAGACGAAUUAAGCCACGAAAAUAAGCAAUUAUAUGUAGAACUUACCAAAAAAGCAGAUACUUAAUUACGUAUCUUAAGGAGAGAAGUAGAAGAACUUAAAAAGGAUUAUCCUGGAUAAGACAUUGACUUCUAAGAAGUCGAAGGAUACAAACCUAAAAAAGUAGAAACCUAAUCAGCAGCUACUUUUGGAUAAGCAAAACCAGCAGUAGCUUGA